AUGCAUCUGAACGCAGAUAUUUCGAGUGCUUUACAGUUGAUGGAGGACAUAAAAAAUACAGUGGACGAGUUAGGAGAUCCAAAAUUAAAAGUAAACACAUAUCCGGACCUAAAUUUACUUAUAUCAGUAUUGGAAAACCCAGUAUUUAGAAGUAUAGUCACAGUACAAGACUCUAUAAGUGAAUUAAAUCAGCAGCUAGGCCAGCAUCCAUCGAUAUUACCAGUUGAUUUUGACAUAACAGCUUCGGGUGAGCUAGUUUUAAAUGUGCCCCCAGCAGGUGAGCUUUACGAUCCAGACUAUGCAGAUGAAUACCAACCUGCUAGGGAUUUCGACGAGCAACGGGUGCCUUCAGCCCCUAUCUCCCCCGGAUCUCCUCAAGUACCACCAUUUAACACAAGCGAAAAUAAAAUAAUUCUGCUGAACAGUAAAACUCUCAAUGGAAAUCUCAACUUUUCCAACGAUGACGAUAUUAUUCACCGAUCACCUUCAGUGGGAAGUGAUGCAUCAAAAACUGGUUCCGACACUCUAUUGAACAGCGAGUGGUCUCAAGUGGAAAGUAUAGAUUUGAUUAAUGACGGCACAGGGUUAGGAUUUGGAAUUGUCGGCAUGAGAAAUAUGGGAGUUGUUGUUAAGACAAUAUUGCCUGGUGGAGUUGCCGAUCGCGAUGGGAGAUUGCAAAGCGGGGAUCACAUUUUACAGAUUGGUGAAGUAAAUUUGCAUGAGAUGGGUUCAGAGCAGGUGGCAACGGUGUUGAGGCAGUCUGGGACGCAUGUUAGACUUAUAGUGGCGAGACCGGUCGAUAUAAGUUCCACGGAGUAUAAAUACUUGGGAAGUUCUGCACCUCUAGUGCCUACGCGACUUCUGCACGAUUGCGUGGAGUUGGAUCGUUAUUUAAUUCAGCAUAAAUACUCGGCGAUUUUCCACAAGGAGCAAGUAACUGAUUUGUUUCAAUACGAGCAAUCGAAGACUUACACGGGGUUGUCUAGAGUUCCAGCGUCGCCGUCGUUGCCUUUACUGAAUUUGGACAUGGCGAUGGUGAAGAUGCCGGAAAUGGAAAAGUUCGUGGUGGAGUUGAAGAAGGACGCGAAUGGUUUGGGGAUAACGAUAGCCGGGUACGUGUGCGAGAAGGAGGAGUUGUCGGGCAUUUUCGUGAAGAGCGUCAGUAAAGGAAGCGCGGCCGAUGUGAGCGGCAGAAUAAAAGUGAACGAUAGAAUCGUGGAAGUGGAUGGUCAGUCGUUGCAGGGGUACACAAAUCUGCAAGCAGUCGAAGUGCUAAGAAACUGCGGCAACGUGGUGAAGCUGUGCCUGGAAAGAUACUUGCAUGGGCCAAAAUACGAACAGCUUCAGCAAGCGAUUGCUGCUAGCGAAAUAAAACCGACUUCUUCGCCAGAAGUGCCACGAUAUCCUAAAGAAGAAGAAGAAGAUGGGAAUUUAGUUGUUAAUGGAGAUAGCAAGGACGAUUUGUUUAGCUCGAUAAUAACAACAACAACAACAACAGAAAAAGCGGUGAUUUUAUCGGAGGAGGAGAUCAAAUCGAGAUGGGAAAAAGUGAUGGGUAGCGAGACAGAAAUAGUGGUGGCUCAAUUGAGAAAAUUCGGAGAGAAAGGCGGAUUGGGAAUUAGCUUGGAGGGCACUGUGGACGUGGAAGAUGGCAAAGAGGUCCGUCCGCACCACUACAUACGCUCGAUAUUGGCUGAGGGGCCGGUCGGAAAGAACGCCACGCUGCGCAGUGGCGACGAACUUCUCGAAGUCAACGGGCACAAAUUGCUGGGAAUGAACCAUCACGAAGUGGUCAGCAUUCUCAAGGAGCUGCCCAUUAACGUGUGCAUGGUGUGCGGAAGAAACCCCAUCAACUUGUUCGAGGCGCAAGACAACUACGGCAACGGCAACGGCAACUACGCCGACCGAUCCCCUUUGACGAGAAGCCUGCACAAUUUGUUGCCGGCCUCGGAUAGACUGGUGAAAGCCAAGUCGGACGGUUCGUUGGCCAGCAGUAUAGCGGCCGCUGGGCCCUCCUUGGACAAUUCCUUCGGCAAAGUGAAAUCGCGAUCGUUGGAACCGCUGACCGGGCUGGCGAUGUGGAGCUCGGAGCCGCAGAUAAUCGAGCUGGUUAAGGGCGAACGCGGCCUGGGAUUCUCCAUUUUGGAUUACCAGGACCCGAUCGACCCCAACGAUACCGUUAUCGUUAUACGAAGCUUAGUGCCCGGCGGGGUUGCGCAGCUAGACGGCAGGCUCAUUCCGGGCGAUAGGCUGCUUUUCGUCAACGACACCGUUUUGGAGAACGCCUCGCUCGACCAGGCCGUUCAGGCGCUCAAAGGCGCCCCCAAAGGCGUUGUCCGGAUAGGGGUGGCCAAACCCCUACCCAUUCCAGACACCUCGGGACACACCUCUUUUACCGAACUCGAACCCCAUACUAGGCUCCUCGCAACGACACCUAACUAG